AUGCCUCGAAUUCCCAUCAAAUGGCUUCGAGUUGUCACUGCCAUCACACUAGUCUUCUUCAUCUACAUAUUGGCCAAUUUGUUUAACAUUGGCCCACUAGAAUCCAGUUUUUCCGCUCAAAACUCAAAUAGAGAUCUCGAAAAUCGAGCCGCCGACUUUCAAAAUGAACAAAAGACGGUGAGGAAUGAGGGGAAAUUCUCGAUCAUCGACUAUGCCGGUGAGGGCACGCAUUUCUCGCCCGAGGAAUACGAAAAAAUGGAGGCCAGAAUGAAGGGGCCCGGAGAGCAGGGCGCAGCCGUACAAUUGACCGGACCGCUGAAAGAGGCGGGCGAAAAGUCGAAAAAGGAGUGGUUUAUGAAUCUUGUGGCAAGGUAGGAGUUUUUGGAUAGGCUUAAUUUUUGGUUUUGCUGGUUAGUGACAUUUAUAUACGAUAAAAAGUAUCAAGAACUUUUUAUCGUAUAAAAUGUCGCCUGCGGAGCAUAUAAUUCUUAUUGUUGUAAAAUACGUUUACUUCAGACAAGCUCUACAGGGAUAUAUUUGUGAAAUUUGUAUGAAGGGACAUUUUAUACGACAAAAUGUUUUUCGAAACUUUUUGUCGUAUAAAAUGUCACCUAGCGACGAUUUUUAACAUGUUUUGUAAAAUACGAUCUCUGGAAUGGUGUCUCCAAAUUCUAUCAAAAAUUUAUGCUCAGGAACGUCUUCUUAUACCAUAAAAUAUUUCUUGGAAUCUUUUGUCGUAUAAAAUGUCCGCUAUCGAAAAUUUUUCAAUUAUCCUUGUAAAAUACGUGUUGUGAACCUGCCGGACUAUAUUAUUUUUUUAUUCUUGGGUUUAAAUAAAUAACGCUUGUGGGGACAUUUUAUACGAUAAAACAUGUUUUGUUCGUAUAACCUGUCUCAAACGCGGAGACUGAGGAAGAGGUCUGUAAAACAAGGUCUGUCUUAUGUUUCUUUCGUUUUCAGUGACAAAAUCUCACUCGACCGGUCACUUCGAGAUCAACGCCACCAAGACUGUCGAAUACUACAAUAUGACGCUCGUUUGCCAGCAGCCUCCGUAAUUAUUGUGUUCACUGACGAAGCAUGGACUCCACUUUUGAGGACAGUGCAUUCAGUUUUCAAUAGAACACCGAGAAAUUUGCUUCAUCAAGUCGUAAUUGUCGAUGAUUUCAGUCAAAGAGGUAAGUGGAAUGUAAUAUCAUUAUUGCUUUUUAUUGAUGCUGUUAGGGUCGAAAAGAAAGUUAUUUUUUGUUUUGACUACUAUUAGGCCCUCAGGGCUUCAUUUCCCACAAAAUUUGCCUAUGUACUCAGAUAGCAUAGUGGUAGAGAGUUUGGAUGCCACUCAAGAAGUCGCGGGUUCGAAUCCCACUUGAAACAUUCAAUAAAUUUUUGGUUAUAUUGUUUUCAGAGGAUCUUCAUGAGAAAUUAGAGGAGUAUCUCGCCAGAUUUGGGUCAAAGUUGAGGUUGGUGCGGUCGAAAGAAAGACUUGGCCUAAUACGAGCCAGAGCAACGGGCGCGAAAUACGCCACUGGAGAGGUGAUUAUCUUCUUGGAUGCUCACUGUGAGGCUUCAAAGGGAUGGUAAGUUGAUUUUUGACACUGCCUAGGGCGUUCUAUAAAGUUUCCGCAUGGUGCAGAAAGUGGAUAAUUUGUAGGCUUUUUUAGCUUACAAUUUAUCCAACUUUUGCACUGUGCGGAAAUUAGUUGGAAAUGGGUGGGAAUAAAGAAAAAUGCGGAUAGACUUGUAUACCAUGUAAUUUUGAAUAGUUUUGAUGUAUUAGUAGUAAUUUUUUAUCCAGUCGAUGUCAUGGAUAAUAUAAAGUUUUGGUCUAAAAAGUUGUCUUUCAGGAUUGAACCGCUCCUGCAACGCCUCAAAGACGCUCCGUAUGCAUUUAUCUGCCCAGUAAUCGACUCAAUCAGCGAUCAGGACAUGGAAUAUCAAGGUGGAAGUGCCGGCGGCAUCGGCUCAUUUUGGUGGUCCCUCCACUACAAAAUGGACAAUAUUCCCGAAGCGGAGAGGAAACGAAGAAAGAACCCUCACGUGGAUCUCUUAUUGACUCCAACAAUGGCUGGUGGUCUGUUUGCUGUGAGAAGGGACACCUUCUUCGAGUUUGGCGCCUACGAUGAAGAAAUGGAUAUAUGGGGAGGAGAAAAUCUGGAAAUUUCAUUUAGGGUGAGUCAGUAGAUCUGUAGGCACAAUUAGAAUUUUUUGAAACGCUCAAUUUGUGGAUUUCUGCCAUUUUAUACGAUGAAACAUGUUUUGUCGUAUAAAAUGUCACUGUAUUAUCUAGAAUAGUAAAUGCUUUCAAGAACGCUGACAUUUAUUUUCAAGUGGUUUGAAAUUUUAUUUGGUUGUUUACUUACUAUUUUCGCCAUUUUAUACGAUGAAACGUAUCUGGAGAGAGUUUUAAAUUUUUUAAAGUUUUCAUAUAAAAUGGCUCCGAAUUGUAGUGUGUAAGACGUAAAAGAAAUUAAAAUGUAAUCAGUGCAUUUUGCAAUUGGCUGUUUAAGCGAGUGACAUUUUAUACGAUGAAAGAUCGUUUUCGACUUCCUUGGGUUUUCUGUCGUAUAAAAUGUCGCCAGUUGUAAGUAGUAUACUAGAAAAAAAGAAACAGGAUAUGCAGAGCCUACUGAUGGGGAUUAUUGUUUUAUGGACACUUUAUACGAUGAAUUAUCACGCUUUUGGUAUUAGACAUGUUUUUUCGUAUAAAACGUCCCCUAUUGUAAAAUAUUGAAUUUUUGAUGGGGGAAAAUGAUGUAUGGGCCAUAGUUUAGGCGUGGAUGUGCGGAGGCUCGGUGGAAAUCAUCCCUUGUUCCCAUGUCGGGCAUAUUUAUCGAAACGGACAUCCAUAUAAUAUGACUGGUCGCGGAGGCAAUAAAGACGUUCAUGGGACAAAUUCCAAACGUCUGGCAGAAGUCUGGAUGGAUGAUUACAAAAAAUUCUACUACCUUCAUCGUAGCGAACUAAAAGUGAGAGAAUUUUGAAAAAAAAAAUUUUUUUGGUUUUUUCGAUUUUUUUCGCAAGAAAAUCGGUUUCUACGUUCAGAACAAAGACGUGGGCGACCUAACACCCAGACAUGCCCUGCGACGAAGUUUGAACUGCAAAUCCUUCAAGUGGUACCUGCAUAAUGUGGCGUAUGAGAAGUUCAUCCCGGAUGAGAAUGUAAAAGCCUACGGAAGAGUGAAAAACCCACACAGUGGACUUUGUUUCGACACUCUGCAACGAAACGAAUUCAAACAUUCGAUUGUAAUGGGCGUUUAUCAUUGCCAAUACCCAAGCAGCUCGGCACAGGUGGGAAAAUUGGGGGUUUUUAUGGGAAAAUUGGGGGUUUUUAUGGGAAAAUUGGGUUUUUUGGGGGAAAAGUGGGAUUUUUUGGAUUAGGUAUGAUAUUUGGAACUGGAAACGGGAUUUUUUGAGCGAGGAUAUUAUUUUUUCAGCGAAAAAAAAUUUCGAAUUUUUUUAAUUAUUUUUUUUGGUAAAUUUUCAGUUCGAUAUGGCAAUUUUUUUGUUGAUUUGAAGGCGAAAAAGGGUUUCAUGCUUAUUUUUAAUAAGAAAAUUCCGUAUUUUACAAGUUUCCGCACAGUGCAAAAAGUGGAUAAUUUGUAGGCUUUUUUAGCCUAGAAAUUAUCCACUCUCUGCACUGUGCGGAAAUUCAAUGGUAAUGAAGGGAAUUCAAGAAAAAUGGGUUUAGAAAUGUGAAUAAAGUAGGUCUGCGAAGUUUUGAGAGUAAUAUUAGUCGUUGUAAUAUUAGCAAUUAGAGAUUAAAAAAAAAUUUUCAUUUCCAAAUUUUUCCGGAAAAUCUUUCAAAAAAAUUAAAAAGUGGGUUGUUUUUACUCCAAAUAGUCGUAUUAUUCACUACAUAAAUUUUUUAGAUGUUCUCCCUGACCAAUGAUGGGAUUUUGCGCAGGGAAACGGUGUGCUCCGGCGCAAAAACCGAAGAUGGAAAAGAGAAAUUGGACCUACAAGAAUGUGGAAUCCACGGGAAUGGAAAGGUCUUUGAAUACAGAGUAAGUUUUUUUAUCUAAAACAGCGUAUUUUACUCUUUUUUUUUCUAAUAUUUUUUUUUUCAAUUUCCAGAAUGGUCAUCUGAAAUUGACCACGAUAAACAAGUGUUUGACGGUGGAGAACCUCAAAGCUGGUGAUGAUCUGCACUUUGAUGAGUGCAAAGAGGAUUCAAAGGAUCAACUUUGGGAGUUCGAAGCACCGGACUUGUGA